AUGCUCCACGCAUGGCAUGGCAAGUACGAGAAAGAAUGCAUCCCAGCCUGGGACUACUACCCGGUCUUGGAGGCCGUGAAAUCCAGUGGUCGGCUGCUGUAUCCCAGUGCAUCCUUGGACCAGCUCCACAGUGAGAAGAGGAAUGUGGUGGUGAAGCAAGGUCUCUCUUGGGGUGGCUACGCCGUGCGGCGCUUGCGCCCGGAGGUACCAGACUUCUUGGAGAGACGAGUGGCUCCAAAGAUGCCACAGGAGGCCACGGGAAAGCCGCCUCUUGGGUUCAGGAUAGCGAGGAUACGCGUCUUUCCCGGUAGAGCUCUGCUCUCCAACGAUCGGGACUUGCCAAAGAUGCCGCGGGCCGCCGGCAGUUGGAGGAGAUCUGUCCUCGAGCUGGGGCCAGACGAGUUUGAUGCUUUGACCUCUUCUGGCGGUAGUGCCGUGCGGGCAUUGAAGGAACGCGUGAGGUGGGCAACGGGGAUCGGCAUCUUCAGACAGUCGCUCGUUCGCCAUGGUUGCGUGCUAGAGGAAAACGACAAGUUGGAUUUUCCAAUGGACCUGCAGCUGGUGGUCACGCCAUGCUUGACCAAGAUGUCUACCCAAGAUUUUCGGGAAAUGCACCGCGCCGUGUGCGUUGGUGACGUACACCGGCUCGAGGCCGUACUGCAGAAGGGUCAUGACCCGGAUGCACAGGAUACUGAGCACCGGACGGCCUUGCGCAAAGCUGCAUUCGGCACGGCGGCCUUGCACAGCCGAAUUGCCAAAGCGGGAUGCGCUCUUUUGUUGAUAGAGGCCCGCGCAGGGCUUGACAUCAAGGAUUCAGUCGGUUCGACUCCUCUGCAUAUUGCACUCAAUGAAAAGAACCUCCAGGUCGCCGGCUUGCUCAUAGAGGCCCGCGCAGGGCUUGACAUUAAGGAUUCAGAUGGUUCGACUCCUGUGCAAAGUGCACUCAAGGAAAAGAACCUGGAGCUCGCCGGCUUGCUCAUCUCAGCUGGUGCAGGGAUUAGCGGAGCUCAGCGUGAGGCUUUCGAACCCGGCAACUUGGAAGUCGCAAACUUUAUGCUGCAAGCAGGCAUUGAUGUGAACGAGCCGGGUGAUGAUGGCAGAACGCCCCUGCACUGGGUGUGCCGUUGUGGUCAUUUGAUGGUUUUGCAAGUUCUGUUGGAAGCCCGAGCUUCUAUGAAUGUUACCGACUCUCGAAACGCAACACCGCUUUUUCUCGCAGCUGACUCGGGAAAGGUGGAUACGGUACAGAUGCUCAUCCAGGGAGAAGCAGACUUGAAUCAGGCGACUGCAAGCGGAACAAAUGCUCUCCAGAUCGCACUGGGCAACCGUCGCUUAGACAUCGCGCGACUGCUAUUGGAAGCCAAGGCUGGUUGGAGCUCGUCUCCAGAUUCGCAUCAAGCGCCGGGCUUGCUGAUCGCAUCCGAACAGCUUGACUGGUACAUGGUCCGUUUGUUGCUGGAUGCAAGAGCCAGCUUAGAUGCUGUUGAUGCUCUUGGGCGAACAGCUUUGCACCACGCCUUUCUGAAUCCGCAGGAUGUAGAAUCCAUGGACAUGGCGCGCUUGCUGAUAGAAAGGACAGCUGAUGUGAACAAGACACUCGAUGCCGAGGGAUGCGCCCCUUUGCAUUGGAUGUCACAGGCUGGCAGGUCAGACGAGGUGCCAUUUCUGGUGAAGGCCAAGGCCGACCCCAACCAAAAGAACAGCAAAGGCGAAACGUCCCUGCACUUGGCAAGCAGAAGUGGCCACCGCGAAGUCGUCAGGCAGUUGCUGGAAAAUGGAGCAGAGACAAACUUGGCUGACGCCAGAGGCAGGACGCCACUGUUGAGGGCGGCAGAGUUGGGUCACCCAGAGGCUGUUAGCCUAUUGCUGGCAUAUCGGGCCGAUGUGGGAUGGGCUGAUGCCGACAGUUUCACGCCCUUGCUUGAGGCAGCUGGCCGUGGCAACUUUGAGUGCACUCGUCUGCUGAUCCAGGCUGGUGCUGAUGUGAACAGAGCCAGCUUACUUACCGGCGCCACGCCGCUGCAAAUUGCUCAAAAGCAUGACAAGCACGCAGUUGCAAGGCUGCUCACAGACGCUGGGGCAUCCGGGGCCGCAUCUGCUGGAUACCUGGGAAAAUGA